AUUGGCGUGAUAAAAGUAGAUUUAGUUAUAAAGUAAUAUUUAUACAGAUCGCUUUUAAAUGUAUUUGCUGCAUAGAGAUUAUCAAGGAAAGGGAGCAAAAGUCGUGACGGGAUGUACCCUAUGAUUUUCAACGAAUAUAACAUUCCGGAUACACAUGACCCUCAAUGUCAUGCCGUUCUGUAGGCAGCUAGUAAGCAACUUCUUGAUCUUUAACAUAUGAUAUGAAAAUAUGUAUAGAAUAAAUUCUGCGUUAUCGAAUAUCAUAAGAGGUGCCUGUCAGCAGCUUCUUGGGCCUUUGACUUCAACCGGGAGGGCAGCCGGAGGGAGAGUGGAGGUGGCGCGCGCGCUCUGCUUGGGCGCUCCACGUUUGCAGGAGGUUGGAACCCAGUCUCAUCACGACGGCGCAUCGGCGAGCCCUGCAAGAGACUCGAAAGACUUCAGUUAUUACCCACCAUUUCCUGGUCAAGAGAGUGCUUUGAAAUGGGAUGGCAAAACAUUUGAAGAAUUGCCGAUAGCUCACAUAAAAGCCACCUAUAACAACACACACAUCCAGGUGACAGAUUCCAUGGGCCAGUACAUGGCCAGGACAUCAUGUGGAACGGAGGGCUUCCGCAAUGCAAGGAAGUCUACCCCCAUCGCAGCGCAGACCGCCGGAAUAUCAGCUGCUGCUAAAGCACAGACGAAGGGGGCGACAUUUGUUCGGGUGGUGCUCAAAGGUCUGGGCCCAGGACGCUUGUCUGCCAUUAAAGGGCUAACCAUAGGAGUCAAGGUUGUUUCCAUUACUGACAACACCCCGGUUCCACACAAUGGCUGUCGCCCCCGUAAAGCUCGGAGGAUAUAAACCCCGGUAAUCCAGUGUGUGUGAAGGGAAACCGUCAGUGACUGAGUCUGUGGUCUCUGUUGGAGGAGCUGAGAAUCGAAUCACACUGGGAUUCUAUCAGCUUAAUGUGCUAGGAUAAAGGCUUGCUCAUUUCAUUUGAACAGUAUGGUGUCUCCUCAUAUAUCUAUUAGAAAAAUUAGCUUUGGAUUUGUGGUUGCUAUUUUUGCUAUUUUUAAUGUAUGAAAACUGUUGGAAUUAAAGUUAUGAUACCUUUUCCCUUAACAUUAAAGUUCAUAUAUGGAGUGUU